AUGAACAUACUGAAGGAAUUUAUUAUGUUGAAUUUACGUAGUACUGAUGUUUCUAAAUGCACAGAUGACGUGAAGAAAGGAAUAGCUGGCAUAGACCUUUUGGAAAAAGCAGAAAUGACUAAAAAUGUAGAACAGAGCUAUUUGAAUUAUGUGCGGAAUUUGUGUUCUAUUUGUCCAGAAAUGUUUGAAAUUCCACCUGAGUUGAAUGGAUUGGAGAAAGCAUGCAUGAUGAUGUCAUUUUAUGAUUAUUCUUUUGAUCUUUCUAUGUAUCCUUUGAGGCAUAAGAUUGUUGGAUGUGUGCCAACCAUGAGUAUGAUUGGCGAUUGUCCGGUUUUGAUUGUCAGAUGUCAAGGAUGCAAGGGAGAAAAGGAGCAUGUGUAUUGUGCGCGCGGGCAUUUCUUUGGCACUGAAAUGGUAGAGUCAUUGGAUCUUAACGAGCAGUGCAUUCUUCUUAUUGAGAUGGUAAGGAUUGCAAACAUGGAGAAAGACUACGAUCUUAGGAGAUUGAAAUUGCAGGCAUAUAUUGACAGAAUUAUGUUUCCGAUGAAUGAAGAAAGUGCUCUGGUCAAGAAAAUAGUUGAUUAUUACAGGAUUAAGGAGUUGAAUGAGUUUUUGGAACCUGAUUUUGCACUGGAUGAUUUUGAAGCACACUUUAUUAAUAUAUUUGAGUUUCCACAUGUUUUUCGAUGCGACCUUGAAAUCUAUUUGGCAGAGAUGUACUUCAACAAUCUUUCAUAUGAAAAGGCUAUUGUGUAUUUUGAAAAGUACGAUGUCAUUAUAAAGACGAUUAAAUGCAUGAAUGCCUUGAAUAGAAAUGAAGAAGCGGUUAGUAAAGCCAAAGCGGAGCUGGACAAUCUAAAGAAGAAUCCCGAGAAGAAUAAGAUUAGGAUAUGCCUAUUGUUGAUUGCUCUUGCAGAAAUAACAGGAAAUGUGCAUUACUUUGAUGAGGCAUUUGGCUUUUAUCGUUCAUAUGAGCCAUUGAAGGCCAAAGGGAAGUUUUUUCUCGAGAAUAAACUCUUUGUAAGUGCAAUAGGCGCAUUUGAACAAACACUUGAGCUGGUUCCGCACAAUACGGAUGUACUGUUUUUGUAUGCAUGCAGUUUGACAUCUGCUGAGAGAUAUAAAGAGGCAAAGGAUGUAUAUGAGAAACUAGUUGCUGAUGAUCAGAAGAAUGUAAGUUUUCUAAGAAACCUUGGGAUGUGCAGAAUAAAGCUUAAUGAAAUUAGCAAUGGGCUCAACACGCUAAAAACUGCAGCCAAGUAUGAUGCAAGGAUGAUGAGCUCAUAUCUAUUGAUGUGUAUCAAGUACAAGGUUCGAGAGGAGAUAAUGUAUUCGUUAGAGAGAGUAGGCUGGUUUUAUGAUCUGGAGGAUGGCUUGGAUUAUAUCUUAGAAGAGAAAAUAUUAAGUGUACAAGAGGUUGCAGUUGCGUUAAGCAAGAAUAUAAGUAUUAAAGAGGAUUCCAAGGAAUUGAUCGAUAAAUUUAAAUCGAUGAGUAUUAGCUAA